ACAAGCAAGCCGGCACUUCAGGAAAGGCACUCUAGCCAACUCUGGCAGAGAACUCUUGGGGACCAAAUUGGAGGCUAUCUGCCUCCUCUCUCUUUCCUUCGUUUUCCUUGUUGUCAGCUUUGGGCCACAGUAAUUUUCACCCUAGACCCUGGGGGAUCAAAGGUAAAUAGCAUUCUUUACUGCAGGACUUCUCAGAGCCUUUAGCAUGCUAAAUGCAUAGCUAUGCAUCUCCAAGUAGUAGAGAGCCUCAUGAUUGAGUGAGGGCUUUAAGUCAGCAAUGAAUCAAGUGUCCACAGAUUUACAGGCUUAAACAGAAAAAGAGCAGGUUGAUAUUUUCGCAUAUGCUACAGCAACAGACUCCUAUACAAUAAAACCAAUGACGUUUGGAAAUAUAUGACACUCAAAGGUAUCUUAAAGCACAGGUUAAUGGUAAACAUUUUCGCCCACUGGUUUUAUUACCCUGCCUGCCCUUAGCAUUAUCCUCUCCUUCCUUACCCCCAAUCAGCAUUUUGGAAAGCAAAGAUGAUCUAAUUUUACCUUUCGCAGCCCCAUCCCUGCCAUAAUACCUCAUUGAUUCAAGUUAGAGAGUAAGGUUUUAUUUAGACUAUGGAAGAGAUUUCAUAAGCCAUUUGAAUGAACUGGGCUGAAUUAAUCCAAGUAGCAACUGUCUUACUUCAUAACUCCAGUGUCAGUAUAGUGGCUGCUGCAUAGAAACUUCAAAAAAUGGGGAAAGAAAUUGGACUUUUUUCCUUUAAUACUGAGGACAGAAUUUUAAAAUGCUGCUUGUUCUGGAAUCUUGAAAGUCAAAUCAGAAAAACAGCUUGGAAGAGAUCAUGAUCUUCAUGUUGUGAAUGCCAAAAUGUCAUGGUAAUGAUGAAGAAUAUUAAGCUUAGGGAAGUCCACUUCUGAAUAUAUCACCAGGAUGAUAAACAUCACUUGCUGAUUGGUGGUAGCUGCUUGGGGUACUUCUCACUCUGUCACGUGAGUGGGAAGACUGCAGCCUGUGAGGACUCUAAAGACAGAAACUCAGUUUUGUCUUCAUCAUCGAGUUGGUUUUUAAUUGAAAUGAUUGCAAAAAUGAGGGGCAGGCUGGGAACAUCCCCAUGGCCUGGUGGGGACUCAGCAACUGAGCAGGGCGGGCGGGGGCUGCGGGGGUCCGCCAAGCGCACCAGUGAGACGUGCGGCCGCAUUCCUAGAGAGGCAUGGAGCGGGCCGGGCUGAGGUUCGGCUGCUCGCGCGGCAGGAGGGGAAAUCUGACCCCGGGUCCGACGGCCGGAAGCGGCAGACGCCCGGGCCCUGCGGGGACAGGCGACUGGCUCAUCCCGACUGUGGAGAGCCGGGCCUCCGCCCUCCGGUGGGGCUUUUCACUGGGUCGGCCAUGUCUUCGUUGUGCAUGUUCCUUGAACUUUUGGUCCGUUAACCAGCAAUUAGACACUCACCGAGUGCCCGCUAUAUGCCAAACGCUAGGAGCUGGGGGGCAAUCGCAGUAAGAUGCGUUCUGGGCCCGUCGCAGGUCCCGGCUACCGACAUCCCAGUACAUCUACGUGCCUCCGGCAAGACGUCCGCCAGUAUUUGUUGAAUACCAGCCUUUAAGGUCAACAUGGAUGAAGCUUCGCCAGGCCCCGCUCCUGAGAAUGGAGACAGCCUUGUGAAAGUGAAGGAGGAAGAUCCCACAUGGGAGCAGAUGUGCAGCUCACAGGACAGCAGCUCCCACACUCUGGAGCUUUGCCGCCUGCGCUUCCGGCGGUUUUGCUACCAGGAGGUAACCGGGCCCCGGGAGGCUCUGGCCCAGCUCCAAGAACUUUGCCAUCAAUGGCUGCGGCCGGAGACCCACACCAAGGAGCAGAUCCUGGAGCUGCUGGUGCUGGAGCAGUUCCUGACCAUCCUGCCCCAGGAGCUCCAGGCCUGGGUGCAGGUGUAUCCUCUGGAGAGCGGGGAAGAUGCAGUGACAGUGCUGGAGAAUCUAGAGAAAGACACAGGAGCCUCAGGACAGCAGGCUUCUGUCUACACUCAGGGACAGGAUAUGCACCUACCGGUGACAGAAUAUCAAGGAACCUCUUUGGGGUGUCAGAGGCCCCAGCUACUGCCUGGGGUAACCACCUUGAAGUGUGAACCCCCAGAGCCCCACCAAGAGGUCGCCCAAGAAGUGAGUGGGCCUGCUCCCCAGGGACCAGCCCCUCCCCAGGAAGAGAAUCCCAGAGACCAGGCAGCAGUACCGGGGUUUAACUCAGCCAGGUCCCAGACAUCAGUGAAGACUGAGGAAGCAGCAGCCCAGGGCCUUGUCCCAGAGCAGUGGCCACAUCUGAGUCUGGCCCAGAGGAACCUCUGUGGAAACUCGGCUCAGGAGAAGGUUACAAACGUCAGUCUGAUGCCUGAAGAAGUUGUAACUAAAGAUGGAUUGUUUAACACAAAGCAAGAAACUUCUGAAGAAAUGGAACGAGGUGCUGAGGUCUCAGGAAUACCCAACAGAGAUUGGGUACCCCAGGCCCCUUGUAGUACCCCUGUUCCUGCUGAAAGAACAGUUGCACAUUCGAAUACUCUGAAGGACCAUCACCCUGCUGACUUGUGGGCUCGGAUGCACAUCUCAUCCCUGGAAUAUGCUGCAGGAGACAUUACCCGAAAAGGGAGAAAAAAAGACAAAGCUCGAGUGAGUGAACUGCUCCAAGGCCUCGCAUUUUCUGGUGAUUCAGAUGUGGAAGAGGAUGACGAGCCUGAGACUCAGCCUGCUCCAAAAAGACCAAAGGUGUCAAGCGUCCCAGAGAAGAACUGGACUAAAAGAGACAUUAAACCCAACUUUCCAAGCUGGUCAGCACUGGAUUCUGGACUUUUGAAUCUCAAGAGUGAAAAGUUGAACCCAGUGGAGCUCUUUGAGUUAUUUUUUGAUGAUGAAACAUUCAACUUGAUUGUCAGUGAAACCAAUAAUUAUGCUUCUCAGAAAAAUGUCAACUUGGAAGUCACAGUUCAGGAAAUGAGGUGUGUGCUUGGUGUCCUGCUUUUGAGUGGCCUUGUGAGGCGUCCCAAAAGGGGAAUGUAUUGGGAAAUGUCUGAUGCUGAUCAGAACCUGGUUAGAGAUUCAAUCAGAAGGGACAGAUUUGAAUUGAUUUUCUCAUACCUGCAUUUUGCAGAUAAUAGCCACCUAGAUCAAAAUGAUAAGUUUACAAAAUUGAGGCCUCUCAUAAAGCAAAUGAAUAAAAAUUUUCUCCUGUACGCUCCCCUUGAAGAAUACUAUUGUUUUGAUAAGACAAUGUGUGAGUGCUUUGAUAGUGACCAAUUCCUGAAUGGGAAACCUAUUAGAAUUGGCUAUAAAGUCUGGUGUGGUACAACCGCACAGGGUUAUCUGGUUUGGUUUGAGCCCUAUCAAGAAGAGUCAACUGUGAUGGCAGGUAAGGAUCUUGAUCUUGGUUUAGGUGGAAAUCUAGUGAUGAAUUUUGCUGAUGUUCUUUUAGAGAGAGGUCACUAUCCCUAUCACCUGUGUUUUGAUAGCUUCUUUACAAGUGUCAAAUUGAUGUCAGCCUUGAAGAAGAAAGGGGUGAGGGCAACAGGAACAAUUCGUGAGAACAGGACUGAAAAAUGUCCCCUGAUGAGUGCAGAACAUAUGAAAAAAAUGCAGAAGGGGUAUUUCGAUUUCCGAGUAGAAGAAAAUGAUGAGAUAAUUCUGUGUCAUUGGCAUGGUGAUGGUAUUAUCAGUCUGUGCUCCAACGCUGUUGGCAUAGAGCCAGUCAAUGAGAUAUGUUGUUUUGCCGAUGACAAGGAGAUCCCUCAGAUAAGUCAGCCUUCCAUAGUGAAACUGUAUGAUGAAUGCAGGGAAGGCGUAGCUAAAAUGGAACAGAUCAUUUCCAAAUAUAGGGUGAGAAUAAGAGGCAAGAAAUGGUACUCAGUUUUGGUGAGCUACAUGAUUGAUGUAGCCAUGAGCAAUGCAUGGCACCUGCACAGAGCCUGUAACCCAGGUGCCUCUCUAGAACUUGGGGAUUUUCGGAGAGAUGUUGCCCAUUUCUACUUGGCACAUAAUGCAAAUAUGUCAGAUUAAGGCAGGUAAAACAGAUACAAUGCAGACAUUAGUAAGACACAGAAAAAUCAAAACUACAUCAGAUUGUACCCAAAACAAACCUGAUGUAUGUAUACAAUGAAAUUAUUAAUUAAAUGACUAAUAUUUCUUUAAAAAAAUCUAUGUAGAGUUUCAAAAACUGUUAUAACAAUGUUAAUGAUCUGUAAAAAUGUUGAAAUCUAUUGGUAUCUUUUUCUAGGUCUAAUUUUGAUAUCAAACUUGGGAACUCCUUUAUUAGUUGAAUUGAAUUGAUUAAUUUGUACAUUUAAAGAAUGAAAUCCUG